AUGAGAGAAAGGGAGGCAAGUACGUACAUAGAUCUGCAUUUUCCGGCUCUUCUCAUCGGAGGAUCAUUCGCCGCCGUCGCAAUUUGUCUCUCUGCUCUCCUUAUCUUCCAGCAUCUCCGUUUCUACACCAAUCCCUCUGAGCAAAAAUGGAUUGUUCCAGUUUUGUUUAUGGUCCCAGUUUAUGCUACUGAAUCGAUCAUUUCCUUGUCUAAUGCAAAAUUCUCGCUGCCUUGUGACAUUUUGAGAAACUGCUAUGAGGCUUUCGCUUUGUAUUCAUUUGGAAGUUACUUGGUAGCAUGUUUAGGUGGUGAAAGAAGAGUUGUUGAUUUGCUUGAAAACGAAUCAAGCACACCAUUAUUAGAAGGAGAAGCAAAUGAGAGCAAUGAGAAGAAAAGGAAGCAGAAGCAGAGGAAUCCAUUUUGGAAGUUCUUGUGUGAACCAUAUGUGUUAGGACGAGAGCUCUUUGUAAUAGAGAAGUUCGGUCUUGUCCAAUAUAUGAUUCUCAAAACCUUUUGUGCAUUCUUGGCAUUUCUGUUGGAGCUUCUCGGUGUUUAUGGUGAUGGUGAAUUCAAAUGGUAUUACGGAUAUCCAUACAUAGAGGUGGUGCUAAACUUCAGCCAGAUGUGGGCUCUGUUUUGCUUGGUGCAGUUCUACAACGUGACUCAUGAACGCCUCAGAGAAAUAAAACCUUUGGCCAAGUUCAUCAGCUUCAAGGCUAUCGUCUUCGCCACUUGGUGGCAAGGCUUCGGCAUCGCUCUGCUCUGUUACUACCGCGUGCUUCCUAAAGAAGGAAGGUUCCAAAACGCGUUGCAAGAUUUCCUCAUCUGCAUCGAGAUGGCUAUAGCAGCCGUGGCUCAUCUCUUUGUCUUCCCAGCCGAGCCUUACCACUACGUUUCCGUAUCGGAGUGCGGUAGGAUCACGGCGGAGACGAGAAAGAAGACGGAGGUUAAACCGGAAGAAGGCGGUGUUGUCGAGACGACGGAGACUCAGGUCGAAGCAUCCGGCACAAGCAUUAAGGAGAGCGUGCAAGAUAUAGUUAUCGACGGUGGUCAACACGUGGUGAAGGAUGUGGUUCUUACGAUAAACCAAGCGAUGGGACCGGUGGAGAAAGGCGUAACGAAGAUACAGGACACGUUUCAGCAGAAGGUUUUGGAUUCUGACGUUAAAGAAGAGAAAGAAGUGACGACCGUUGAGACUAAGGUGGAACAUGCAAGAAAAGCUUCGCAUGGA